AUGUGGAAGGAGAAGUGGGUCGGACCAGCCAACUUAGACCGAGCGAGCCUUCGGAUCACUGGCAUGGACACCUAUGCCUUGGUGGCUGCAGUGUUGCUGCAAGUAAUCACAGGGCUCUACGGAUCGGUACCAGAGCCCGACGAAUCCAACGAGCGCAUCAAGUAUCCUGCUCUUCAAAGGUUCAUGUACGAGUCCCAGAUGUUCCUUUCCAGCGUUUCCGUGGUUUGCAGCACCUACACCAUGGUUAUGUUCCUGCUCUGCAAGAUAUACACGGUCAUGGCUCUGGGCAUGUACAAGGACGUUUCCUACGAUCUGUUCCAGCAAAACACAGCCAGGUUUCGCCUUCGGGCUUUCUGGAGCCUCAUUAUCGCCAUGCACAGCUUCCUCGUUUCCUUCGCCAUGAACCUGUUUACGCGAGUGAAAGGCAAGAGGGGCCUCUUCCUCUGCGUGGUGACCAUGAUGGGGAUCGCUCCAGUCGUCUAUGACUGGAAGAUCAUCUAUGAGGUCGCAGAACGCUACGUCUAUAAGUCGGAGGUGCUCUCCGUGCACUCGGCCAGUGCUGCGCCGCAGGACCUGGAGGCUGCUUUGGCAAACUGGAACAUCGGCCUGGACGAUGCUGGCGCCGGUGCCUUUGCUGGCCCACUGCGCUUCGACAACGGGGAUCCUGGGGGCUGCCACCCUCCGCCAAGCGGCUCCUUCGACCUAGAGCCGGCCAAGAUGGGUGGCGCUGCAGACGACCUCUUGGCCCGCAUCGAGCGGCUGGAGCGCAUCGUGGAGGAUCAUGGCAAGCGGCUGGACGAUGUUGCGCCCAGAGGAGGCCGGCGAGAUGCGCGCCGUGGAGAGACCACGCCGCCAAUCAACGCUGCCAAGGCCCCUGUAAACCGGGCAUCCUCUGCGGCAGCCAAUCGCCGCGCCGGCAGCCGAAGUCCUGAUGUUCCACGAGCCACCCCGAUCUUGGCCACAUCGCCCCGAGCGCUACGGGCACCCGGCGUCUAUGUUUGUGGCGGGCACGCUUCUGGAGUCACGCUCGGGGCGACUUCGCGGCUUAACUCUGUGACUGGCAUUUGGGAGCCUAUGCCGUCCAUGCCUACACCACGGCAUGGCUGCUGCGCGGCCUCAAUGGUUGGCAUCAUCUACGUUGUCGGCGGUGCCAAUGAGAGUGCACUCCCGCUGGACAUCGUGGAGCGUUUCGACCCUGCUGGUGGAUCCUGGGAGACGCUGCCGCCUAUGCCGACGCCCAG